AUGCGAUUUUUGUGUUUUCAUGGUAUCGGUACCAACUCCGAGAUCUUUGAGCGACAAACGGCUGCACUUCGCUAUGAGCUCGGUAGCAAUCAUACAUAUGACUUCGUCGAUGGAACAGUGCCUUGGGAGAUGGACAAAGGUGUGUCUGGUCUGAAAUGCGCUGACAAUGAGUCUAACAAUGAAGCAGAUAUGACCGAGUUCAUAAGCUCUGGCGACAAGACAUUCGCAUAUUGCGACACAUCGUCGGUACAGUCUUGUGCAAAGGCAUCUGAGGACCUUGAUCGUUAUUUGGAGUCCGAGGGCCCAUACGAUGGAGUCAUGGCCUUCAGCAUGGGAGCCACAUUUGUGCUGUCCUGGAUGACCAAGAAGAUUCGAGAACAAAAAGAGAAGUCGGUACAGCUGCCCUUCAAGCUGGGGAUUUUCUUUUCCAAUGCCGGUGAACUCCUGGACUACAACAUCUCAUCAGACAACAUGAUUACUCUAGACUCUAUACCUUUCGAUGAGCUUAUUGGCUUGCCGACAGCUCAUAUUUGGGGGAUCAGUGACCCUGACAAGGAAAAUGCUUUGCUAGGCAGUCAGGCGUGUAAAGAGGAAGUGAGACAUGUGUUUAUCCAUGAAAGAGGUCAUGAAGUUCCUAUCUCAUCUGAGAAUGUGAUCUCAAUGGCUAAGGUCAUCAAUAGAGCCAUAGCACAGGCAUAG